GAAGCUGUGUUACAGUUCCUGCUGACCGACGUAUCAGUGUGCCACAACGCUUAAACAAACAAAAGAAAAACAGGCUCUAAAAUUAAGCUGGACAACACCAAAAGCUCCGCAGCUCACAAACUACUAGACUAAGCUGCGAGGAGCUCUUUUGAAGUCAGGAGAGGCGAAGACAGGCGAGGCCGAGGAGGGCGUGUCAGGGAGCCACCAGGCGAGCAGGCAAGCUGCCGCUGCGAGGAGAGGAAGAGCAGGCUAUGCACCAGCCCAAGCCAGAGGUCAAGAAAAAAAGCUCCAAACUAGUAAAAAGGUAGACUGUGGGAAGGAGCGACAGAGCUCAUUUGAGAUCUCAAUUCCCCUCUUAAAAAAAAAAAAAGAGAGCAAGACCCUGUCUUUGUUGUCUCUGGGGAGGAGGAGGAUGUAAAGGGGUGCAUCAUCACAGGGAGAGAGGAAGACCAGAACAUGCUCUCACAGGUGAUGUGCAGGACGGCCUGCAAGCUGCAGACUGAUUCCACAGAAGCCCCCCGGAGGGACGCCGUCAUCCGCUCGAAGCGAGUGCUCCAUCGGAGGACAACAGAGGGGGGAGGGUACCAGAGAGGGCCCAAGCAUCAUCCGCUCAAGAGGUCUGCCAUGAUAUGCCUCCGGCCCGUCAACGUCAAAGGGAGCCGAGCGAGGGGCAUGCGGGCCCCUCAGAACACCAACCAGUUCCUCAUGCAUGAGAAGUACCAGAUGAUGCACAUGCGCUCUGAUUCUGUGGGCAGCGACAGUGGAAGCUGCUCAGACACAGACUCUGAGCUCACUGACAUGGACUCGUACCUGGGCGCCCUGGAGAACGCCAGAGGAGCCCUCCUGGACAAUCCAGAAGCAAGGGACGAGCAGGACCCGCAGAAGACAAGCCAUGUCGUCCAUGAAGACAGCAUGCAGUACUUUCCUUCUGAGGACGACCUGAUGCAGAGUCAGAACUUCAUGCAGAGGGACUUUGCAGAGUUUUGUGACUUCUUGACUUUUUGAGAACCAAACUUGAAAAUUUAAGGUCAGGUUUUAAGUCCAUCUUUUUUUUUUUUUCCAAGGUUGGUUUGUGGACUUGGGUUUGUCGGAAGUGACGUUGUAUUCUCCGAACUGUCAGUGACACUGAUGUUUAUUUUUUUUUUGCUACAAUGUCAAAAGUGAUGUAUGUAAAUAGCAGUAAUGGAUGAAGACAAUGUUGUUAUUGCUUGUACACAAAGGAUGGUGGGCGUGAGCUCAAGCGGCCAAUCAGCAUCCGGUUGCCUCUUUGUGGCUGCUCCUGAAUGGCUGAUGCUGCCUGUCAUUAAAACUUGUAAAUACUUAAAUAAAAUGUUUAUGUGUUGAU